AUGGCCAUGGACAUAUCUGAACAAACCUAUGUGGUUGUAGUUGACGAAGAAGGAAGACCAAUAAUUACAGCAGAAAACAAUAUUUUACUCUGUGAUAAGGCUACCCAGGGACUUUCAUCAAUACCAUUUACCGUAAACAUAGCAAAUGAAUUUGGAAUUGCCUAUCCACUGCAAAAGCCAUGUGAACAGCAAGAAAACGAACCUUCAACUUCAAGUGCUGCUGAAACCCCAAUCACUGAAACCAAUGAAGAAAAUUCCAAGAUUUGGAACACAGAAAAUACAUUAUAUCUGAUCGACACGGUUCAAAAAUUUGACAAGCAAUUUUCAUCUGGAGUCAAAAAAAAUGUUUGGCUCAAAGUAGCAGAAUGCUGUAAGCAUCUGCACAAAACUUUAAAUGCAAAACAUUGUGAGACAAAGUGGAAAUCCCUAAUCCGCACUUAUAAAAAUAUUUUAUUGAGCAAUAAUACCUCUGGACAAAAAAAGAGGUAUUGGGAGUUCUUUGAUGUAAUGCAUGCUAUAAUGUUCAAGAAACCUGAAAUUACACCUGUUGCUACCUGUAGUAGCUUACGUGGACUACGUGUUCCCGAUCCUGAAGAGAAAAGCAAACAAAAUGAAAGUAAAAACCAAAUUAAUGUAGAGGAAAACAACGAAAUUGACAACAGCAAAAGUGAAAUUGAUGAGGAAAGUGGAAAAGAGAAUUUUGAAAGCGAAUUUUCAAAGAAACGAAAGCGAAAAAAUUCAGAAGUUGAAAAAAGACACAGAGACAAGAUGCAGAGAUUGGAUAGAUUUAAUGAAUUAUUUGAAAAAAUGAUCGAUAAGCUCCCUGAAAAAUAA